GCGUGUUUUUUUUGUCCUCGGGGUAGUUCUGGAAGAUGUCAGUGUUUGAGAUAACAGGAAGCGGUAUCAGUGAAAAUGCGUUUUGUAAAUCCAUUUGGUAUUAUUUUUUAUUGAAACUAUUGUAAAUUAUUUAUUUGAACAUAGUACCAGAUGUUUAUAACGUCGGUUAUUCGUUGAGUAUUGCUGCAUUGGACAUACAAUCCGGAUAAACAACGGGUGGCAUCAUUGCUUUUUCUGUGGAAAGAAGAUUUCUCCAUAGUCUUUUAAAUGAGAAUGUCCCUGGCACAGAGGGUGCUGCUGACCUGGCUCUUUACUCUGCUGUUCCUCAUCAUGCUGGUCCUCAAACUGGACGAGAAGGCCAACUGGAACUGGUUUCUGAUCUUCAUUCCCAUCUGGAUCUUUGACACCAUCCUGCUGGUUAUGCUUAUUGUCAAGAUGGCCGGCCGCUGUAAAUCUGGCUACGACCCUCGCAAUGGAUCACAGAACUUGAAGAAGAAGGUGUGGUACCUGGUGGCUAUGCUCCUCAAACUGGCUUUCUGCCUUACCCUGUGUGCCAAGCUGGAGAAGUUCACAGAUAUGAAGCUGACAUUUGUCUUCUUACCGCUUUGGGCUCUACUCAUGGGGGCUAUGGUGGAGCUGGGAUUAAAUAUAUUUUGUGAUAGAAGAGACUAGUUUGCAAGUACAGGAAGGUACCAACCCUGUUAAAAAUAUUUGCUGAUUUACAUUACCCAUCUGAAAACAGGAAUAAACUGCAGUCUCUUUUGAACUUUUUCGGAGACUGGAUCAACACUAAGUUAACUCAGUCAAUUCGGUAGCAAGGUGCAGGCUACGGUCAUGUAAAGUGUGUUAAGUGUAUUGAUUUUGCCUUCUGAUAAAUACUUAGACAAUAUUAAUAAUGUUUCCAUUUUUAAUUUCAUAAUGCCUAAAACUACUUUAUGUAUGUUCUUGUAUUUAUCUAAUUUCAAAACCAGUUACCAUGCAAUUGGUAAAGUUAUGAAAUUAUCUGCAUAAAACAAAUAAAAAGAUAUGCUUAACAAACAUGCCUGCAAUACCAUGACCAACAUUUCCGUUUAGCUGUAAAGCAAAACAGACGAGCACUUUAUAUAUCUGCCAUUGUGUAUGCCCUACUGUAAUAUGUAUUCUGUAAAUAAAGCAUACUUUUGACAAUGUGCAGACAAGCUUAAAUGUCUGGUUUUUGAGGUUUCCUGUGAUCUUUAUCCUCUUGAACGGUAUUUUUUUACUCAAGUAAUUUGUUUUAAUAGUUAUACAUCCAUUUUAUAGCAUGUGUGCUGCAGCAUUGUAUUUAACAAUCACAAUAUUAUUUGAAAAGUAAGUUCUAUGGGUAGUGUUGGGCAUCAUGUUUUCUGCGUACUUAAAUGAG